CGCCCUUAAAAUAAUUCUGUAGAUUUCCCAUUUGACUGACAAAGCUCGAUUUCAAAAGAUUCAUCAUGGUUAAGCCUGUGUUUGGUUAUUGGAAAUAUCGUGGUCUUUGUGAACCUAUAAGAUAUUUAUUGUACUAUAAAAAUGUUGAUUUUGAAGAUUUUAGAAUUCCUCGAGACGGAACUACUUGGGAAGGAAUAAAAUAUAAUCUUGGUCUGGAUUUCCCAAAUUUGCCAUACUAUAUUGAUGAGAACGUAAAACUCACCCAAAGUACCACAAUUUUGAGAUAUCUCGCCACGAAGUAUGAUUUGGCUGGUAAAACUGAAGAAGAAAAACUACGUGUUUCUUUGGCUGAACAGCAGAUUAUAGACUUUCGCCAAAAAUUUUUCAAUUUUGUGAUUGACCCAAAUUAUGAGAAUAUAAAAGAGCAGUAUUUAAAGAAGACUAAGGAGGACUUGAAUAUGAUUGCGGAUUUUCUUGGGGAUCGAAAGUACCUCGCUGGAGAAGAAUUAACUUAUGUUGACUUUAUUGCUUUUGAUAUAUUUGAUUCUCAUAUUUUGUUUCAAAAGACAAUUCUUGAUAGAAUAUCACCCCUUAAAGUGUUUCAAGAAACAAUUGAGAAUCUUCCUGAAGUCAAAAAGUACCGAAAUUCAUCAACUUUCUGCAAAUGGCCAAUAGUUGGUCCUUAUAAUGCAUGGGGAGGAGCAGGUGAAAUGCCUCAGUAGAUGAAAUCCGUGCUUAUUAUGAUUCAAUUUUAUAUUAUAUAUUAACUGCUAUUUCGCUUACGUAAAUCUUAAUUCUGCUUUGUUCUAAAGUAAACGUAUUUGCUGUCGUUAUUUGUCAGUAAAGCAGUUUAUUAUUGAAUUAAAUAAUUCAAGCAAUGUG